CCCUGCCCCAGUGCUCCCAGGAGCCCCAACCCAGCGAACAAUCGGCAACGUUGGCCAUUUUGCUUCCGCCAAGAUGGCAGACUCGGUGGCCGCGGGGCUCAUUGCCGUUGGCAUUGUCAUCGCGAUCGCGCUGAUCCUGCUGUACAACUCGAUUUACGUCGUGCAGCAAGCCGAAGGCAUUGUCAUUGAACGCUUCGGCAAGGUGCAAAAGGUGCUUGACUCGGGCAUCCACUUUGUCGUGCCGUUCGUCGACAGCCCACGCAGCUUCAUGUGGAAGAAGGUCGUCGCGGGACUCAACGGCCACCUGGAAACGCGCGAUGCGUCGAGCUACCGCAUCGACUUGCGCGAAAGCAUCUUUGUCUUCCCCGCGCAAGAAGUGUACACUCGCGACACGAUCCUCUUGGACGUGCACUCGGUCAUGUUCUACCGCAUCGUCGACAUCAAGAAGGCUGUGUACGAAGUGGACGACCUGAACAUGGCGAUUGCCAACGUCGCGCAGACGCAGCUCAAGGAAGUGUUUGGGAAUAUGACGUUCACGGAAGCAUUGGCGUCCCAGAGCACCAUCAACGCCUACAUAAAAAAGAGUUUUGGCGAGCGGUUCGCGCAGUGGGGGUUGGUGGUGGAGCGCAUGGAGGUGCUCGACAUGCUUCCGAAGCAAGGCACGACGAUCGCCGACGCCAUGAAGCGCCAAAUGAUUGCCGAGCGCUCGCGUCGCGCGGACUUUAUCCAGGCCGAGGGCAAGAAAGCGGCGAUGCGCCUAUUGUCUGAAGGUACCAAGCUCCAGAAGUACAACAUGGGUGUGGCGGAGCAAGAAUCGACUCGCAAGACGUCCGAAGGGUUGGCGGGGGCCAAGGUCGAGUUGGCCCGGGCGGAACGAAAGUCGCUCGAGUUGAUCUCGGCGGCGUUCGAGGCCGAUGGCGCUUCCCAAACGGAGUAUGUCAUCUCCCAGCGCUAUAUGGCGAUGUUCCUCAACAUGGCGCAAAACGUGGACAAGAAGUCGCUGUUCUUUCCCUACGAGACCAAAGGCUUGUCUGGCUUGAUUGGCGACUUGCGAGGUGUCUACGGCCACAACCGAACGGUGCGAUCGUGUACUUGAUGCUCGUGUGUCGUGACAGGGGGGGAAUGCGUAGGGCGCGGUCCCGCCGGAGCAGUCGAUCGCCAAGCAAAACUUCAUGGCGUUGAAUUGAGCGCACGACACCGAGUCGAACGAGCGCAAUGUACACAUAACAUCCUAUAUUGCAUCCUUUCAAGUCUUUCGUUCGCUGCAGACGUGGUCAGGGCUCCCCCGGAACAUGCAGGCACUUCGUUGAAUCGCACGGACCGGCAACGUCGUGCUGGCAUCAAGUUGAGUCAUCGGUAAGACGAAUAGGAGAGGGACUCAGCAUGGGUGCCUCCAACUCGCAACGGAGGAUGUUCACCUGUGCAAUGAGAUAGACCCACAAAGAAGAUGCUGGUCCGCGCUCGUGAUGGCAAACCGAUCGCGCGGCAUCCCCGCGGCACGACUCUUGGAUCUCCUCCUGAUCCUGUCCACGUUGUUUAUGCGCUAAUAAUUUGCAGAAGCGUUGCCGAAACCAUCGAUUUAACGUUCCUAGCAUUUAAAAGGACCAGUACAUUCUAGCAAUAAAUCGAUGUAUUCACAAA